GGCGUUGUAUUCAAUCACUGGCGAAGCAAAAAGACGUAGAUGCAGAAGCUCAAAACAGAGCAAGGGCCCUCAUCAGCUGCCUUAAAGACAGAAUUGCUGCUGCAACGCAGCAGCAGCAGCAACAGCAGCAGGAUCAGCAGCAACAACAGCUGCAGAGCGUGCAGCAGCAGCAUCGGGACAGAAAGCAGGCCCAGAUAAAACAAACACCACAAACGCAGCAGCAGCAGCAACCACAGCAGGAGGAACAGCAAGUGACGCUUCAGCAGCAGCAGCAGCAACAACAGCGGCAGCAGCGGAGAGAAGAGGAUGACGAGAUGGUGUGCUCUCCGUAA